AUGGGGAGGUCCAUAUGGAGUUACAGUUUGGGUAUUUUGAUUAUCCUUAUUUGUUCAUGCCAUGCCAUCGUUCUGGACUCUCUUUAUUGGAAUAUCUCGAAUACAAAAUUUACUCCAGGCCAGGGUCUGGUCCUCUACCCCCAGAUUGGGGACAAGAUGGACAUUGUGUGCCCCCGGGCGAGGGUUGGGGGUGUUGGGGGGACGGGCGAGUACCAUCGGGUGUACCUGGUGACCCGCAGUCAGCUGGAGAGAUGCAGCAUUGACAAAUCAGACACACCACUGCUCAACUGCGACAAGCCCAACAGAGAUGUCAAGUUCACCUUCAAGUUCCAGGAGUUCAGCCCUAACCUCUGGGGUCUGGAAUUCCUCCGGGGAAGAGACUACUACAUCACAUCUACAUCCACUGGGUCGUUGCAUGGACUGGAUAACACUAAUGGAGGGGUAUGCAGAGCCAAAUCCAUGAAGCUGGUCCUGAGGGUGGGCCAAAGUCCGUCUGACCCACCAUCAACCCCGCAGGAAUCUCCUACCAGAUACCCCCCCAAAAAACCUAAGUCUGGGAGCCAGGGCCCCUCCACAAAAAACCAUGAUGCAGCGAGCAACAAGAACGGCCCAACAGACGGGGCAGCAGAGAUGACUGAGACAAAAGGUGGAGACUCACCAGACGCUGUUGGCUCGGACACGGGAGUGUUCAUGGGUGUCGUCUGGGGCGGGGUGAUCAUUAUUACUGUCAUCGUUGUGGUUCUUUUGGUUCUGCUGUGGAGGCACCAGCGGCGACACUGCAUCCCUGAAGGCCAGCAGUCGGCCUCCAUGUCCCUCAACACGCUGGCCAUGCCCAAGCGCGGCAGCGGUGGCAGCAGCGACCACGACUCGGACCCCAGUGACAUUGUGUUCCCGCUGCGGCCCUCUGAGAGCAUGUUCUGCCGCCACUACGAGCGUGUGAGCGGUGACUAUGGACCACCUGUCUACAUCGUGCAGGAAAUACCACCCCAGAGUCCUACAAACAUCUACUACAAGGUCUGAGAGGC